UUUAUUAAAUGAAUAUCUAAAAAACUAUAGAAUUCGUCGAAAAAAAAUGGCAUUAAGAAAUAUAACCAACUAUCGAAGAAUAUAUUAGAAUUCCGAAUAUGAGUAAGUCUUUUGACCCUGAAUGGAAUACAAACGGUUUAUAAGAAAAGGCCGCUAAUUUAUUAUUUGAAUGGGCUAAAAAAUAAGAUCUUAAAAAUGCAACAUAUGAGCUUAUUAAAGAUGCUGAUAAAUCUCCUUUAAUCUACAUUGAAGUACCUGGAACAACUGAUAACACUGAAACUGUUCUUAUGUAUGGUCAUUUUGAUAAAUAACCACCUUUUACAGGUUGGUUAGAAGGUUUAGAAUUUAACAAACCAGUUGUUAUUGACGAUAAGCUUUACGGAAGAGGAGGCGCAGAUGAUGGUUAUAGUAUAUUUGGAGCUGUUACCUCUAUUAAAGCUUGCUAAGAAUAAGGAUUACCACACUCUAGAUGUGUAAUAAUGAUUGAAGGAGACGAGGAAUCCGGAUCAACUCACUUCCCGUUAUAUUUAGAAAAACUUAGACAUAGAUUAGGUGAAAUUUCUGUCGUUUUUUGUCUUGAUUCUGGAGCUCUAAACUAUGAACAAUUCUGGACAACAAGUUCCCUAAGAGGAGCCGUAAUGUUAACUUUAAAUGUGAAAGUCUUAGAAGAAGGAGUACAUAGUGGUGAUGCAAGUGGUGUCGUACCUUCUUCAUUUAGAAUUUUAAGAAUUCUUUUAGAUAGAAUAGAAGAUUCAAAAACAGGAGAAAUGCAUGAAGAUUUAUAAGUUAAUAUACCUGUUUAUAAUUAUUCUUAAGCUGUUAAAGUAAGUGAAACUAUGCCUGAUAGUAUUAUUAAUAAAUUUCCUUUUGUAUAAGGAAUGUAACCUACAACUAAAAACGCUUUAAAUGCUUAUAUCAAUAAAACUUGGAAAUCUUAAUUAUCUAUAACAGGUGCUGAUUAUUUACCUUAAGCUUAAAGUGCUGGAAAUGUAUUAAGACCAUAAACAUCUAUCAAAUUAUCAAUAAGAUUACCUCCUACUAAAGACCCUGAAUAGGCUAAAGAAACAUUAGUUAAAUUACUAACUGAAAAUCCACCUUAUGGAGCAUAAGUUACAUGCACUAAUGUAGUUGGAAUGGGAGGAUGGAAAUGUCCUAAAAUAGAAGGAUAUUUAGAAGACAGUAUUUAAAGUGCUAGUUAAGCUUUUUAUGGAAAAGAGGCACUUUCUUUAGCAGAAGGAGGAUCGAUUCCUUUAAUGGGAUUACUUUUAGGACUUUUCCCUAAAUCUUAGUUUAUUAUCACUGGGGUUUUGGGACCUAAUUCUAAUGCACAUGGACCUAAUGAGUUCUUGCAUAUUCCGUUUACAAAAAAACUUAUUUGUUGUAUGUCGAAGAUUUUAAGUGAUAUUUAUCCAAAACUUAAAAAAUAAUGAAAAAUUUUUUUAAUAAUAUUAUUUUUUGAUUAUUUUUUUUUAUUUUUUAUAUAUAUAGUAAUAAUUUUUUAAGAAAUAAUUUAGACUUAUAUGUUUCAAGAAAAACAUUAAGCUAUUUU